UCCGAAGUCCUAACUCAAAGACACAUUAAUGUUAGUGGUGCUAGUUCACCCCAGAUCCAUUCACUCGGAUCACAAACCCCGAGAGAGUAUCGAACCAAACUAACAAUGGCUCCGAAACCGGAAACCCAAAAUCCGGCGACGUUCUCCGCCGCUGGCGACUCCUCCUCAUCCUCCUCCGUCGAUCCACUCUUCCAUCUCCUCCGCGUCCUCCCGUUCAGCUUCCUCCGUCCGCCGCGCCUCCGCCUGAAGCUUCCAACCCUAACCCUCCCAUCCCCGAUGACCGUCUUCUCCCUCGUCCUCCUCACCUACUUCAUGGUCGUCUCCGGCAUCGUCUACGACGUCAUCGUCGAGCCUCCCGGCAUCGGCUCCACCCAGGACCGCCUCACCGGCGCCGUCCGUCCCGUCGUCUUCCUCCCCGGCCGCGUCAACGGCCAGUACAUCAUCGAGGGCUUGUCCUCCGGCUUCAUGUUCGUCCUCGGCGGAUUAGGGAUCGUGCUCUUGGACCUCGCCCUCGAUCGCAACCGCGCCAAGAGCGUCAAGGUCUCCUACGCCUCCGCCGGAAUUUCGUCCGUCGUCAUCGCCUAUCUCAUGAGUAUGCUCUUCAUUCGCAUCAAGAUUCCGGCUUAUCUCAGUUGAACUCCAUGUUUUGCUCUACAGCUUUUGUGUUUUUUCGCAUAGUACUUGAUUUUGAUUAUGAAUCGUUGGAGAGUCUCUAAUGUUAUAGCUGAAUUCAGAUAUCUAGGGCUUUGAUUUCUGCGCUGAGAAUUUGUGGAUUAUGAUUAAUGAUAUGAAAGUUUAGUGUGAA